ACUGCCCCAGUUGAAAGGUUUUGUCUUGCUGAGCGUUCUUAUUUCUUUUAAAGAUAAGAUUCACAGAACUGGAUCUCAGCUAGCUGUGCAUUUCAUUGCUUUCACUGCUGUUUGAAAAUGGACUGAAAACUUCGAAAGGGUUUCUUAUUCCAUGAAAGGAAACAUUCAGGGAAGAAAGAAAAAAAGCAAAGCUGUCUUCUUGCUGUUACACAGACUGUAACCAUGGACCUGGGUAAACAACUGGAGAAUACUGAGAGGAACUGGAAUAAAGAGAAGAUGGAGUUGCUGGAGAGAUUUGACAAUGAAAGGAAGGAAUGGGAAUGUCAGUGGAAGGUCAUGCAGAAGAAAAUAGAAGAGCUUUACCAGGAGGUAAAACUUAGAAGGGAGAGCAAUAUGAACAUCCAUGAUAGUAAGGUCUGUCAGAGCAAGAUGCUGCAGCUGUCCAUGUGUUCCCCUACUUCAGAAGAUAGAGACACACUGGAGCUCAACAGUCAACAUGAUGUGGAAAACAACAGGAUGGAAAAAGGGAGUUUGUUCAGUAAAACAGGACAUGAAUGUAAAGAAACCAGAGCCAAGAGCAGAACUAAUACUCUGUCAAUGGACAAUCUGGCCUUUGAGAAUGGUGAGGAACCUGAAGACAGCCUCAGCAUCAAUGCUUCCAAGAAAACCACCAAGAAUUAUAUUGGUGAUCUCAACAUAGCUCUCAAAGAACUUGCCAGAGUCAGUGAAGAAUUAUGCAGCUAUCAAGAGGAAAUUCGAAAGAGGUCCAACCACAGAAGAAUGAAGUCACUUCCUUUCCUGGGGGAAUCUAAGGAAACCAAAACCACAGUUAUUCUGCCUGAGAUGAACCAUGUGCCCAUCAGUGAAUCACAGACUUCAAUUGCUUUUGAAACAGAGGAACAUAACAACAGGAAGAAUCUGAUGAGCUCCACCAGGGGUUUGGUGUCUCAUGGUAGUCUUACUGGUAACAGAGGAACAGACUUCAGAACUUGGCAAAGUAAAGAAGCUCCACCAGUUCCUCCACGGAGCACUUCUCGGCACCUAACUAACUCACUUUCUGCAGUUGUACAGCUUUCUGAAGCACCAAUAAGAGAUCCAGGCAUCAAAAACAAUUGCAAGGCUCAGGACUGUAAAAAUGGGAAGAAUCUAAUGAAUCCCUCACCUAUAAACCAGAAUGAACUUGCAGCUGCUUGUGCAAAAGGAGGGCAUCCUGUGAAAGCUCCUGUGAUGGUAACUGCUGCAAUACCUGUAACCACAAGUGAGUGCAAUGUACCAAGUUUCUGCCACAACACGUGGGCAUAUGAUUUGGGCAAACUUGGAAAAGACAAUAGAAGUGAAUCUUUCCCACUUUCCGCCCAGAAGAGUUGUUCAGAUGGAAAUAUGGCCCAAAGCAACAAGAUGCACCAGAGACAAAAUCCCAAGUCUCACAGCAGCCCUAAAUACAGUAAUGACGUUUAUGCCCCUUCUGCCCUGCACAAGAGUCUUUUGGAAGACUCUAGGUAUACCUUUGGAAAGACCCAAAGAAAUGAAACUUUAGCAGCAAAAAUUGAUGAGUUUAACCGAACUGUAUUUCACACAGAUAAACAUAAUAAUCCUUUGCAAGAAAACCAGGUGCCUCAAGCAGCAUCAGAAGAUCAGAAAUCCUGCAGCCUAUUGUGUGACUCUGGUAUUAGCAGGACAGAAACUGUAAAUAUGUCUUGUAUUUCAAAUGCCAAAUUCUCUGCAGUGAAGGAGCAAGAAACUAACAACAUCAGCAAAGCUGUCAAAACAACAGGACAACAAAAGCAAAUAAAUGGACUUCCAAAUACAAGUGGUUAUAGGCACAUGCUUCAUGAACAUGACUGGAGACCAAGUAAUUUAUCUGGUCGCCCACGUUCAGCUGACUCCAGGUCGAACUACGGUGUUGUUGAAAAGCUUUUGAAAAACUAUGAAAAAUCAACAGUGACUUCUCCAUGUAAUACAAAAUGCUGCAAAGAUAAGUGUACGAAUUCUGAAUUCACUGAUGGGAGUUGUGAGACACUGAGUCAGUAUUUAGAAAUGCUCCAGAUUGAGCAAGGAAAGCAAGAAUUUCCAAGGAGUUCAGCCAGGCAUAUUGGGCAGCAACUCAAGCAAGGAAAAGAGAGACAGAAGUUACCAGAGAUAUCUGUGCCAGCUAAAUGUUCAAGUGGGAAGGGAUUCUCCCGGCCUGCUCGGCCAGCAAAUCGACGCUUACCAUCCAGAUGGGCAUCCAGAUCACCUUCAGCACCUCCUGCUGUGAGAAGAACAGCAUACAACUGCUCUGUCUCCUUCCGCUCAGAGACCUCAGUAGUCUGAACCCAGAGCUGGGUUGGAUGGUGGUGUGAAAGCUGUACGCCUCAUUAGAACUGUGUUUGUUAUGUGUUAUAGCAACCAGUUCUACACCGUUGUAUCUUGUCCAGGAGUGAUCCCCAUCAUAUGCUGGACAAAGCCUUUUGAAUCUUAGGUCCUCAUCACCAUGGUCUUCAGUGUUUUUAUUGAGAUGAAAUAACUAUACCCCUAGUUUUCUCUCUCUCUCUCUCUUCUUUUUUUUUUUUUUUUUUUUUUUGGUAGUAGCUCACAAGGAAUUCCUUUUGGAUGGCAUCUGCCUUAAUUUGCCAACCAGUUUUGAGUUGAAACAAUGUAUAGUGCUGUAUAUUCUGACUCUUCUGCAAACAGCAGAACGUAAAGCUGUAUGCAUGGUCAUGUGUUUGUAGGUGCAUGUGUUGGACUAGGAAGUAUACAGGUCUGUAUUUAGAAGAGACAAACUGUGCUAGUGUUGACAUUGAACUCACUACCUAUAUGCCUACAUAUAUAUACUUUGUGUUUAUUUUUAAAAGUUUGAAAUACGCGGUCCUGAUGACAUUUAUAUUUUGUAAAAUCUUUUACAUAGGUUCACAGGUGUAGUAUUUAAUGUACAAAACUAAAUAUGUGUUUUUGUGACUGACUGCAGCGAUAAUGCCUUGCACAAAAUGUAUCUGAAGCAGACUAGCUCAACUGAUUCGUCAGUCAAUGCUUCAUGGCAUCCUCCUUCAGUUUCUUAACCCAUAUGAUGCUAGGUCAAAAUGCCCCAACAUAUUUUUUCUGGAUUAAAAUAUUAUAUGAUUUGUAAUAUAUUAGCCUUUUUCAGCACCAGAUACAUUCCUCAAACGUUCCAAUCCAUUUAAAAAGCUUAAAUGUGCCAUUAUAUAUAUAUAUAUAUAUAUAGCAUACUGUAAACACUUGGGUAGUUUCAACUUGUGUAACAUACGAUUUAUGACGGGAAGAAAAAGGUUGUAUAUGCUCAAUUCUGUAAACUUAUUUUUCCUUCUAGCAUUAUUCUUUGAGGUUUGGCAAAGUCAGCUAACAAUGGACUUGUUUACUUUCACUCAAGGCAGGAGAACAAGGACCUUUGUUGUUCCCAGUGCUGCAGCCACGCUCGUUUUUUACUCUUCUCCUAGACUAGAGUGCCUGAGCCACUUGCUAAUUUCCUGCUCCUGGACUGACUCCUGGCAGUCAGUUACGAUGUUUACUUGCACUCUGGCAACAAGCUGCAUCUAGUACAGAAAUAUUGUGUUGAGGUAUGAUCACAAUGGUGCCUGAAAUCCUAGACACAUGGCAUUGGAAGGAUGUUUUUGACAUCACUUGACUCGGUAUUAUGGGCUGUCUGAAUGACAUGCAUGGAGCCUGGCUUAUUCCUUCCCACAGUGUAAAAGAAAAAUGGAUGUUACCCAGACUCUUGCUGAACUUUCAGAAAGACAGUGUCGUUCAUCCUGGAAUUUUUGCACCCUUCUCUAGGCUGUUGCUUGAUGCAUAGUGUGUGAUUAUGAUGACAAAUUUUACCUUGAAACAGCAUGUCUAGGUUAAAAGGAGUAAAGAGGCCCUUCUUCAACAUCAACCUGCUCUUGUCUUGCAACUUUUCUUCUUCUGGAGAAACAUAGCGUGUUCAAAGGAAAUUCAGAAAUCAUCCCGGGAUCCAUUAAUGCGUACAUCUUCUUCUGUGAAUGUAAAAAGGAUUUCAGAGAGUGUAAGCUUUUGUCCUCAUUGAUUGUGUGUUUGUCAAUAUAGGGAAAAUUAGUUGUGCUUAAUUUGAUAGUGAUUUGUUCUACUCAAGUCCUGUUGAGAAUCCACUUCUUCCUUCCUUUUAAGGCCUUCUUUGCUCUUCUUUCCUCUGCACAAUGUUGGUUUUGGAGAAAGAAAACAGGAGGCUAUGUGUUCUGAGCAAUAUAGCUCUUAUGGUAAUACUGGUAACUGUUCAGGAAUGUCGGUAUUGGAGCCAACAGGCAUUAGAGCCAUAAAUCCCAUCUUACUGUGGCUUCCUGCAUGGCCAAAACAUGCUCAGAGUAAUUUGCCCAAUAUAGACUUCUGGUCCUUUCUAGGUGUGUGUGGUGAAAAAAUCCCACAACAAUAUAUGAAGGCCUCAACCAGAUGAACAAUUCUUCAAAAUUACUCAGACAUUAUUGCAAAAUUAUUACAGGAAAAGAUACAAAACCAGAAGUUCUUGAAGAAUAUCUUGAAGAAAAUACAAGCAAUUUCGAUAGUGACAAAAAUCUGUGUGCUUGAGUGAAAAAUCAAGAGUGCUAUAAAUUUGCCACUUUGCUCUAAUUCACAGAUUGCACUCCAUUAACUUUUUUAGCAUUAGAAAAAUCAGAGAUGCUUCGUAGUGAAUUUGGAACAUGACUUAAGUUUCUAGCUAACUGUGGAAAUUAGCAAACCAAAAUGCUUUGCAAAUUGACCUUUUAAAUGCCUAAGUAGUUGAGCAGCUUUAAAUGCCUAAGGCUGAGGAAAGGAUAAUAUGCAAGAAUUAAAGAAAAAAAAUCCUAAUUUCAGUCAAUGUUGACUGCAAUAAAAUUUCUUUGAAUUACCUUCAUGGUAAAUUUAAUAAUUUUUGUUCUGAGAAAAAGGUGGUGCACUUUUGUUUGAGGUAUGUAACUAUGAAAGCUUUUCCCUUGAUUAAUCUUUGAAGGUCUUGCUUUAGUUCCCUUCAGUUUCCUUGAUCGCCUUUGACAUAUAUCACAUUGUUGAAUAAGAGAGAAAGGAUCAAAUACCUACAACAUUCCCUGAUGUAUGUAAGUUUAACUAACAGAAGGUUUUUGAAAUAAACUAAUAGGUCAAGGA